AUGGCAUCAGAAGCAACAGCAUCAUUAAAAGAUAUUCGAAUUGUUGUCGCACUUGAUUUCGGUGUUACUUAUAGUACUUUUGCUACUCCUACGGUUUUGCAAUAUGACGAAAAUUGGAAUGUAUUGCAAUGGGGUCAAUUAGCCCUCGUUGAAGAGCCCGUAAGAAGAAGUCGGGCUAAUCAAAGGGCAGAAUCUCAUCCGAUAGAAUUGUUUAAAUUGCAUUUGUCUUCUUUGAAAUCUUAUGAAAAACCUUGGCUUCCCGCGAGCUUAAAUCAUGUAAAAGCGAUAACUGAUUAUUUAACAGAAAUGCAAAAGUUGAUUAAGGAAAAAGUGCAAACUCGUUGGCCAGGGUUAGAAUUUCCGCAACAAAUUAAGCUAAUUUUGACUGUACCAGCGGAGUGGCAUGAAAAUACAAGAAACGUGCUACGACAGGCGGCCUAUAAGGCUGGAUUAUUGGAUAAUAUCAAUUCACGAAAUUUAGAUUUUACAACAGAACCUGAAGCUGCUGCUAUACACUGCAUGUCUGUAUUAAAAGAGCAUAAUCUAGAGCCAGGAGCAAAUUUUAUGGUGGUUGAUUGUGGCGGGGGCACAGUCGACAUAACCAUAAGACAAUUACUAGAAAACAACAAAUUAAGCGAAAUCACUGAACGAUCUAGCGAUUUAUGCGGCUCGACAUUUAUCGAUCGCGAAUUCACGAGGUUCCUGGUGAGAAAACUUGGCUACAGCGCUAUUGAAAAACUGAAGAAAAACAAUUAUAAACAAAUGCAAUAUUUAAUUCAAAAAUUUUUCUGCUCUCGCGUCAAAUGUCCAUUCGAAGGCGAGAGCACGUCAUUUUACACAAUUGAACUUGAUGUUCCAUAUUAUUGUCCGGCUGUGCAAGAAUAUGUGGACGAAGAGAGGAAGAAACAGAUGGAGAAGGACGAUUGGUUGAUUCCAAUAACGUUUGAUGAUGUGAAAGGGAUGUUUGAUCCUGUGGUGGAACGUAUUAUCGAUUUAAUUGAACGACAGUUGGAUGAAUCAAAACGAGAGUGUAAUGCUCUUUUUCUUGUUGGCGGAUUUAGUGAGUCACCUUAUUUAAUAAAAAAGAUUAGACAAUUGUUUAGUGAGAAAAUUAGUGUAAUCGCUGUUCCGCCUUGUCCGAUUGCUGCUGUUGUUCGUGGUGCAGUGUCUUAUGGACUUAAUAUGGACACAGUACAAAGCCGUAGACUAAUAUAUACAUACGGGAUCGAGAUCCUCGACGUAUUCAAACCCGGAUUCGAUAAAAAGAAACGAGCAACCAAGGAUGGACGUGUUUACCGAUUCAGUCCCUUAAUAAAACGCGGUACCCUAGUUGAUGUCAAUGCAAAAGUUUCACGCGAAUUUUUCCCCGUCUAUAAUAAUCAAACCGCGGCCACAUUUAAAGUAUUCGCGACGCGUAAUGACCGAGCUCGUUAUUGCGACGAGGGUAGUGUUCGUUUACUAGGCAUAUUGAAAAUCGAUUUACCAGAUGUUCAUCUUGGUACUAAUAGACCAAUUGAGUUUGAGCUAACUUUUGGAACGAUGGAGAUUGAGGCAAGUGCGAGAAAUAAGCAAACUGGACAAUACUAUACGAGCACAUUUGAAUUGGAUAUGUGA